AUGAGUACAUCAGCCAAUGCAUUGGGUAACUUGAAGAGCGCCCAAGGAGCUCGUGCUGUCUCCGACUCCGACCCCACCGUUCCUCUCAACUGUCAUCAAGCAUGCGAACAGCUCGCCGCUACAUUCGGCACCGCUUUACACUAUCCUGAGGGUGACAACAUUACUUUCUGGGACGCCAGGCAACAGGACGUCCGUCCUGCGUGCCGCGUCGAGCCAUCAAGCGCGGCAAAUGUCUCGAGCAUUAUGAGGACUCUCGUUCAGAACAGUUGCAGGUUCGCAGUCAAGUGUGGAGGGCAUUCUCGGCACGAGGAUGACUCGAACUCUGUGGGCGGAGUUACAGUUGAUCUGGGGAGGAUGAACCAUGUGACGGUAAACGAGAACCGCACUGCAGCGGCUAUUGGUGGAGGUGCCGAUUCUCAACAAGUCUAUGCGGCGCUGGGCCCUUACAACUUGGGUUUUGUUGGUGGCAGGGUGGGCAGUGUCGGAAUUGGUGGGUUUACUCUAGGUGGUGGGACUUCAGCGUUGUCCCCAAGGUGGGGCUGGGCUUUGGACAACGUCUAUGAGUACGAGGUCGUUCUCGCCAAUUCGUCUAUUGUGACUGUAUCUCAACAUUCCCACCCAUCUUUAUAUUGGGCACUUAGAGGUGGUGCGAACAACUUCGGUAUUGUGACUACCUUCACGGUACGAGUGUUUCCACAGGGUCCGCUAUUUUCUGGGCAGUGGACGUUUUCUGCAAACAACACAGACGCGGUUCUAGAAGAGGCUCAAAGGCUCUUCACUGAAAUCGACGAUCCAGAUAUGGAGUUCGAAUAUUUUGACAGUUAUAGUCAAGCAUCGAACAGCUUUUCGACAGUUGCUAGAGCGAAAUAUGCUCAGGCCAUUUUACAUCCGUCUGUGUACGAUGGAGUGAACCAAAUUGCGUCUGUGGCGACUACCACUAGCAUUGACAGUCUUGCAAAUCUGUCUGCCUCGGCCCCCUUCAACGGAGUCGAUCGCCACCUUUUCACCACGAUCACCUACUACCCAUCCCUCGAAGUUAGUAAGAGGGCCGUCCAAAUUUUCAGAGAAGAAAUUCAGAGUGUUCGCAACGUCACAGGAUUGGUUCCAUUCCUCAUCGUAUAUCCCAUUCCGAAGGCCGCAAUGGUAGCGAUGAAAGAGCGAGGAGGCAAUGCCCUUGGCAUCGACGAGGACUCGCCUCUGAUCAUCAGCCUGCUUUCGCUGAUUUGGUCGGACGCAGCAGACGAUAGCACCAUGAACGACUUUUCUGAUCGAGUGAUUAGCCGGAUCCAAGCAGCAGCGGUUGCUAACGACGCAGAUCAUCCAUACGUCUAUGUCAACUACGCCAAGUUCGACCAGGAUCCGUUUGCAGGAUAUGGGGAGGAGAAUAGGCAGCAACUGAUUGAGAUCCAGAAUGAGGUCGAUCCCGAGGGAAUCUUCACGUCGAAGGGACUCUGGCGGGGCUUUUUCAAGCUGCAGUGA